CCAUUAAACUCUAUAUAUCAGCCAAACAUAUCCAAAGUUUUCUUUAACAUAAUAAGAUCAUAGUGGGAGUAAAACUCUGUGUUGAUCCAUUCUUCAAUAUCUCCAAAAAAAGAAUGUCAUUUGAAGUUGUCUCAGAUCUCAUAGUACCAAAUAAUGGCUCUUCCAAUGAUAGUGUUCUUCGUCGAUCUGGAAACUUUGAACAAAGUCUUUGGGGAGAUUAUUUCCUUUCCUCUCCUAUCAACACAGUUCUGGACGACGUGGUGAGGAAACAACUUGAAGAACAGAAAGAAGGAGUGAGAAGAAUGGUUGAAGCUGCUGAUAAGUGUUCAGAAAAAUUAAGUUUGAUUGAUUCAAUCCAGCGCCUUGGCUUAUCUUACCACUUUGAAGGAGAAAUUAAUGAAAUUCUAGAGCACAUGCAAAAUGAUUCUUGCAAUCUUGAUGAUGAUGAGGAUAUUUACAUUGUUGCUCUUAGAUUUCGAUUGCUUAGACAACAAGGUUAUUCUGUUUCAUGUGAGAUAUUCAACCGGUUUACGACUGAAAAUGGAGAUUUCAAAGAAUCCAUGGUGAAAGAUGAAUGUGGUAUAUUAAGUUUGUAUCAAGCAUCCCACUUGGGAAUGAAUGGAGAAAAUAUAUUGGAUAAAGCAUUGGCUUUUACAACUACUCACCUUCAAGCAAUGGCCAUGGAUUCUAGCUCUCCUUUUGCAGAAGAAGCAAAAUAUGCUUUGAAGUGGCCAAUCUAUAAAGCUAUGCCAAGGYUCACGACUAGGCACUAUAUCUCUCUCUAUGACAGGGAUCCAUUAAAGAAUAGUGUUUUGCUCUCUUUUGCUAAGUUGGACUUCAAUGCUCUGCAAAAACUUUACCAGAAAGAACUGGCUGAGGUUUCAAGGUGGAUGAAGGAUCAGAAGUUGAUGGAACAUUUGUCUUUUGCACGAAAUAGAGUUGUGGAKUGCUAUUUUUGGGCAUUAGGAGUAUUCUAUGAACCAAAAUACUCUUAUGCUAGAAUUAUAUUGGCCAAAAUUAUUAUUUUYAUAUCCUUUCUUGAUGAUAUGUACGAUGUAUAUGCUACACUCGCUGAACUUCAACUAUUCACCGAUGCCAUGGACAGGUGGGACAUUAAUGUCAUUCACAAACUUCCAAAUUACAUGAAAUUUCUUUAUGAAGCCAUACUUGAAGUUUAUGGAGAGGUGGAACAAGAUAUUGGCAAGGAUAACAAUAUUUCGUCAUUUGGAUUGGAUUGUGCUAAAGAAGCAAUGAAAAGACAAUGCAGAGCUUAUUUUGCAGAAGCUAAGUGGUUCUAUGAAGRGUAUGUGCCAACCAUGGAAGAAUAUAUGGAAGUUGCCAGAAUAUCAGCUUCCUACCAUCUUUUUGUAGCUGCUUCGUUCCUUGGCAUGGGAGAUGUGGUUUCAAAAGAGGCUCUUCAAUGGGCAAAAAGUGAUCCUAUUAUUCUUAGUGCAUCAGGAGACAUUGGUAGGCUYAUGAAUGACAUAGUUUCCCACAAGUUUGAACAAGAGCRAGGCGAUGUUGCAUCUGCUGUUGAAUGCUACAUGAAGCAGUAUGGAAUAUCSGAAGAAGAGACCAUAGUUGAACUAGAAAAGCAAGUCAUAAAGGCAUGGAAAGAUAUAACAGAAGACUACAUGAAAUCUACCAAGUUUCCAAAUGCAAUCCUUUCAUGUGUGAUGARUGUUAGUCGACUCUCAGAUUUCUUUUAUAAGGAGGAAGAUGGCUACACAUUCUCUAAUGGAGAAAUMAGACGUUUUAUCACCUCAAUGCUUAAGGACCCAGUACCUCUUUAAUUCAUCCACACUUUGAAUUUUAGAUUUUAUUGGUGUGCUUUGUAGUGGAUAAUAUAUAUCUUAAUUGGUUAAAUUAUAUUUAAGUUGGUGGAUUGUAUCUCAUUGUUUGAAGUAGUUUUGUUAUUUAUAUUUUAGUUCAAAAUAAUGUUUAAUAAUAAA